AGAUCCGGGAGUCACAACAGCACAAGAACAAGAAAUCUGCGCCGUGUCAUUAGCGGAGUAGAAAUCUAUAAAGGCCGCAGCCGCCGAGCCGAGCGCCGCAGCUCAAGUGUUUUAUGUCAUAAAAACACUGAGUCAGUGUCUCGACCGGGAAAACAAGGUCCUCACAGAGCGCACUCAAGGAUUUUUCUCCCUUUUGUCCACGGCGUCCAGGACGGGCGUCGGGGGCGUUUUUUGACGCCGCGACCUGAACGCAGCUUAAGAUUGAGCCCGGGCACUCAGAGAUGCUUCAUAAACAAACAGGAAGCAUUAAAGCGUCGUCUGUUUCAGCACGGACCAAAGCUCUCUUGACUCCAGAGCUCUGGCUCCAUUUGAAAGCGUGAGCAAAGCUCCUCUAGUGCAGUUCCACGGACGACCAGUGGAUGGCAGCAAUACGCACCGUGCUCCAUGGAGUGUGUGGAGCUGGAGCUCUAAAAACUGUAAAACCUUUAUUUAGGAUGUUAAUGUGAACAUUUUGUUAGUACUAUAACCUCAAGUUUCAGGCUAAAAGAUCCAAACAAAACAAGAAGUGAAACAACAGUGAAAAGAAGAAUUUGGAUCUGUUCAAGGCAGUUCUCAACCAAAUUCAAUAUGUCCAAAGAGUUGAGAGGUUUUGUGGAGGAGCGGCUGAGUGCAGAUGCUGAGGACAUGAGUGACUAUGAGGAGGAGCUGCGCCGCUCCAAACACGAGAAGCAGAGGAACCAGCAGCUCCUGGACUCGGCUCUGAGGCCCCUGAGCUCGAGAGACGUGCUCGUGAGCUCAGCUGUCCAGCUCCCCUCUCUGAGCCCUGGUCUGACUCCACACAUUAAAGAAGAACUCAACAUCAAAGAGGAGGAAGAUCAGCUGCAAGUGUCUGUCCUAGAGUUUAGUGCUGUGAGUGUAAAGACAGAAGAGUCCUCACUGCCUCAACAAAGACAAACUGAGCAGAGAGAGGACACAGAUGAGGAGGACAUCAAAGCAGAGACACAUGUCCAUUUAGAGGGAGACACAGAGCACUCUUCUGACUCUGACAGUGAUGAAGACUGGAGAGCUCCACUCAGCUGUUCACCUGCACACGUGGACACACUUGAGAACAGGAAACACAAGUGCUCUGUUUGUCAAGAGAGAUUUGGCUCUAGAUAUAAACUACAACGACACAGGAGAAUUCACACAGGAGAGGAACCAUUCAGGUGUUCAGUCUGUAACAAAGUGUUUGCUUUUAGUUAUAUUCUCAAAAUGCAUAUGAGAAAGCACACAGGGGAGAAACCAUUCAGCUGUUCAGUUUGUAAGAAAACAUUUGCCCUAAAAGGUAGCCUCAAAACACAUAUGAGGACACACACAGGAGAGAAACCAUACAAGUGUUCAGUCUGUAAGAAAGAGUUCAUUUAUAGUUCUCUUUUCAAAAUACAUAUGAGGACACACACAGGAGAGGAACCAUUCAGGUGCUCAGUCUGUCAGAAAGUGUUUACUGCCAGCUUUGAUCUCAAAAUACAUAUGAGAACACACACAGGGGAGAAACCAUUCAGCUGUUCAGUUUGUAUGAAAACAUUUGCCAUAAAGGGUAGUCUUGAAACACAUAUGAGGACACACACAGGGGAGAGAGCAUUCAAGUGUUCAGUCUGUAAAAAAGACUUUGCAGCUAAUUUUAAUCUUAAAAUACAUAUGAGAACACACACAGGGGAGAAACCCUUCAGCUGUUCAGUUUGUAAGAAAACCUUUGCCCUAAAGGGUAAUCUUGAAGCACAUAUGAGAACACACACAGGAGAGAAACCAUUCAGCUGUUCAUUUUGUAAGAAAGUGUUUGGUUAUAGUUAUAUUCUCAAAACACAUAUGAGGACACACACAGGGGAGAAACCAUUCAGCUGUUCAGUCUGUCAGAAAGUGUUUGCUACAAGCUCUGAUCUCAAAACACAUACGAGGACACACACAGGGGAGAAACCAUUCAGCUGUUCAUUUUGUAAGAAAGUGUUUGCUGAUAGUUCUACUCUCAAAAGACAUGUGAGGAGACACACAGGAGAGAAACCAUUCAGCUGUUCAGUCUGUAAGAAAGCGUUUGCUGUAAACUCUAUUCUCAAAACACAUAUGAGGACACACACAGGGGAGAAGCCAUUCAGCUGUUCAUUCUGUAAGAAAACAUUUUCCCUAAAGACUCAUCUUGAAACACAUAUGAGGACACACACAGAUGAGAAACCAUACAUUUGUUCAGUUUGUGGGAAACUGUUUGCUGACAGGUCUAAUAUCAAAACACAUAUGAGGACACACACAGGGGAGAAGCCAUUCAGCUGUUCAGUUUGUAUGAAAACAUUUUCCCAAAAGGGUCACCUCGAAAGACAUAUGACGACACACACAGGUGAGAGAGCAUUCAGGUGUGCAGUCUGUAAAAAAGACUUUGCUGAUAGUUCUGCUCUUAAAAUCCAUAAGAGGACACACACAGGGGAGAAACGCUUCUGCUGUUCUGUCUGUAAAAAAGAUUUUGCUGAUAGUUCUGCUCUCAAAAUACAUAUGAGAACGCACACAGGUGAGAAACCAUUCAGCUGUUCAGUUUGUGAUAAAACAUUUGCCAUAAAAGGUAAUCUUAAUACACAUAUGAGGACACACACAGGGGAAAAACCAUUCAGCUGUUCACUCUGUAAGGAAGUGUUUGGUUAUAGUUCUAUUCUCAAAAUGCAUAUGAGGACGCACACAGGAGAGGAACCAUUCAGGUGUUCAGUUUGUAUGAAAACAUUUGCCCAAAAGGGUCACCUUGAAAGACAUAUGAGGACACACACAGGAGAAGAACCAUUCAGCUGUUCAGUCUGUAAUAAAGUGUUUGCUGAUUGUUCUAAUCUCAAAAGACAUAUGAGGACACACACAGAGGAAAAAACAUUCAGCUGUUUAGUCUGUGAGAAAGAUUUUGCUGAUAGUUCUACUCUCAAAAAACAUAUGAGGACACAUAUGGAAGUUCAAACAGGAAAUUCACAUGCGGCUCUUCCGACUCCUUCUGACUCUGGCUCCCAUUUUGUUAGUACUAUAACCUCAAGUUUCAGGCUAAAAGAUCCAAACAAAACAAGAAGUGAAACAACAGUGAAUAGAAGAAUUUGGAUCUGUUCAAGGCAGUUCUCAACCAAAUUCAAUAUGUCCAAAGAGUUGAGAGGUUUUGUGGAGGAGCGGCUGAGUGCAGAUGCUGAGGACAUGAGUGACUAUGAGGAGGAGCUGCGCCGCUCCAAACACGAGAAGCAGAGGAACCAGCAGCUCCUGGACUCGGCUCUGAGGCCCCUGAGCUCGAGAGACGUGCUCGUGAGCUCAGCUGUCCAGCUCCCCUCUCUGAGCCCUGGUCUGACUCCACACAUUAAAGAAGAACUUAACAUCAAAGAGGAGGAAGAUCAGCUGCAAGUGUCUGUCCUAGAGUUUAGUGCUGUGAGUGUAAAGACAGAAGAGUCCUCACUGCCUCAACAAAGACAAACUGAGCAGAGAGAGGACACAGAUGAGGAGGACAUCAAAGCAGAGAUACAUGUCUACUUAGACGGAGACACAGAGCACUCUUCUGACUCUGACAGUGAUGAAGACUGGAGAGCUCCACUCAGCUGUUCACCUGAGACCAGAGCCACUGUGAACAAUGGAGAGAUGUCAGGAACUAGCGAAGGAGCUGAGAGCAGGAAACACAAGUGCUCUGUUUGUCAAGAGAGAUUUGACUCUAGAUAUAAGCUAGAAAGACACAGGAGAAUUCACACAGGAGAGGAACCAUUCAGGUGUUCAGUCUGUAACAAAGUGUUUGGUGAUAAAGCUAUUCUCAAAACACAUAUGAGGAUACACACAGGGGAGAAACCAUUCAGCUGUUCAGUCUGUAAGAAAGUGUUUGGUGAUAGAUCUGUUCUCAGAACACAUAUGAGGACACACACAGGGGAGAAACCAUUCAGCUGUUCAGUCUGUAAGAAAGUGUUUGGUGAUAGAUCAAAUCUCAAAAUACAUAUGAGGACACACACAGGAGAGAAACCAUUCAGCUGUUUAAUCUGUAAGAAAAUGUUUGCUGUAAAAUUUAAUCUCAAAAUACAUAUGAUGACACACACAGAUGAGAAACCAUUCACGUGUUCAGUUUGUAUGAAAACAUUUACCCGAAAAGUUAAUCUUGAAACGCAUAUGAGAACACACACAGGGGAGAAACCAUACAGGUGUUCAAUUUGUAAGAAAACAUUUUCCAUGAAGGUUAAUCUUGAAUCACAUAUGACGACACACACAGGCGAGAAGCCAUUCAGCUGUUCAGUAUGUAAGAAAGUGUUUGGUGACAGGUCUAAUCUCAAAACACAUAUGAGGACACACACAGGAGAGAAACCAUUCAGCUGUCCAGUCUGUAACAAAGACUUUGCUCAUAGUUCUUCUCUCAAAAAACACAUGAGGACACUGAUAUGUUUUGAUAUGUCAUUUUGGUCUUAAAAUGUCUGCAUUAACCCACUCUACAUGAUUCUGGUGUUUUUACACAAUUUUGCUUGUUAAAAAAAAACCCUAUUCAUAAUAUAGAGCUCCAGAUUUGCCCCUGUAACUGUUGGCAUCGCAAGCUUCAUUUGAGUGGAGCCGAACACCGUGUGUGACGUGACACUCGCCUAGUCCACUUGUUUAUACAGUCUAUGGGACACACACAGGAGGAUUCAGCUGUUGAGACUGUAAGAAAACAUUUGCUUUUGUUUUAUUUAAUUAAAUGUGUGUGUUGAGGGGAAGAGGUGGGAAGUUUUUUUGUAUUUAUUGUUUUAUGAUUGUGUGUUUUGUUUUUAUCUUUAUUAUUGGAUUUUGUUAAAUGUUAUAUUCUGUUGCCUUAAAAAAAAAAAAAAAAAAAAAAAGCUAAAGAAUCCGUACACCUUUUUCCUUCCUCACCAAUGGGAUGUCAAUUUUUUUUUUUUUUAUAAACCCGUGCAAAUAUUUAGAGAAAUGGCAGGGUUAUGUUAGGAGUUAGAGUUAUGACAUGUUAGUGUCAUAUGAACCAUCUCGCACUCUGAGGAGCUCAGGGACCGGCCUCCUGCUGAUGCCCAGAGUCACGACUAAACAAGGGGAGUCAGAGUUUCAGGUUCAUGCAGCUAAAACCUGGAACAGUGUGAACAUGUGAGACAGACUCUUCUGUGACGCUGUUUAAAUCCAGGCUCAAAACAUUUCUGUUUAACUGUGCGUCUGACUGAAAGGUUUUCAUUCCGCACUCUUCUCUCCAAUUUAUGUCUCUCUUUUUUAAUUUUAAUCUUUAUGAUUAUUUAUGUUUUGAUUUGUUUUUAUUAUGAUUUUAAUGUAUUUCUUAUUCUGUAAAGCACUUUGAAUUACUUAGUAUACGAAUUGUGCUAUACAAAUAAACUUGCCUUGUCUUGCCUGCCUAUGGGGUUUAGGGUAAGGGUUGGG